CACUCUUCUCUCACACUCUUCCUCAUCUCGAUUGUAGAGCUCCCGAUCGUGAUCCUUCUAUGCAGUCGAUAUCGACAAAAUCCCCAACAAUGCUCGUACCUAAGAGCUGUUGGAAGAGGUGUUCUUGGGGUGCCUGUAGGGGCAUUGUUGAAUUUUUUAGGAGCUAUCGCUUUGGGGGCGCCUGUUAAAUUUCAGUAUCUUCCUAAGACUAUAAAUUGGGCUCUCAUGAUGUCGGUAUUCACGACAGUUCCAGCAUCAUGUGUUCUUGGUUCAUCAUGGGCUGAUUGGAGACGUAUAUUUGCUCAAACAAAGCCAAAUGGAUCCAUAGAGUACUUGAUUUGUUUACCAGCUCAUGGAGCAGUUAUUGGGGCUUGGUUUGGGGCUUGGCCAAUGCCACUUGACUGGGAGAGGCCAUGGCAGGAAUGGCCAAUUUCUGUUAGCUACGGAACCAUAGCUGGGUACCUGGUGGCAUUGGUUGCGUCGUUGGGGUUCGUUCUUUCGUGUUUUAGGUCACUACAUAUCAAAAGUGAAUAAAAUGCAAAGUUUCUGGUUAUUGUAAUUGGUAAGCAACUUUACUAACAUCUAUUUCAUUUGUUUUACUUUGUUGAAAUAAUAGGCACAAGGUAGAAAAGAAGGAAAGAAAAAGUAAGACUGUUAAUAAUAUAUUGAUAAUGUGAUUGAUGUCAUGUUGAACAUUGAUAUUCGUGAAUUAACAUGCGAUGAGUAUCUUGUGUUUA